AUGGACUACAAGACUACUUAUAUACAAUAUUCGGAGACCACUAGGGGAAAUGAGACCCGUAGCGAAGGGUUGAUAUACCAGGAUAAAGGUGAUGGCUCGGGUCUUGCCGAGAUUAUGCUAUUUACUAAGGUACAACAAAACCUUAUGGAUGUUACUAGGGAGCUACGCGAUGUGACGGAUCAGAUAUACAGUUACCGUGAAUCUCCAGGCAGUGUGGCCUGCACAAAGGACACAUUACCCACGUUGAUGGCAAUGCUGAUGGAUCACAGAGAAAGAGCAAGGAGACAGUACAAGGAUAUCUUGGCCACAAAAUACUCAGAACAUCACUGGGAUUUGGAAAACAUUGUUAAAGAGCUAGAGGCAGAACUGUCAAGAACCGACGAACUGCUAUCUCUGUAUCCACAUCGUGGAACUUUACGCUAG